AUGACUGUAGAACAUGCUCAAGACUCAGUGCUGGUUGGAAUGCAUUUAAACACUGAAGAGGAAAUCAACGAAGCUUUGGCAGUUCUAGAAGAAGAGAUUCAUUUGAUAUUUGCAACAGCUGAAAGACGUAUCAACGAUCUCAGCCAACGAAUCGAUUUCGUAUGUGCAGCUUUGCGGGCUCAAGGAAACACACAGAUCAAUCGAAUGCUAAAGUCGGUACGACAGCUAACCAUUGGAGAGUUUUGCGGGACAUAUGAAGCCAAUACCGAGAAUUUUUUGAAUGAGCAAGCUAAACAGCGUUCGGUGCAAAAUUCCAAAAAAAGUAUAGCGCAUGUGGAUGAUAAUGAGCCGGAAGUUGAUAGUUUGAUGAAACAAAGAAAGUCGAGUACAAGCGUUGACGGUACAGAGAAGAAUCAUGCUCACCCAGAUGCGCACGAAAAGGAAAACCAUCGAAAAGCUAACGAGAUAAAAGAAUGCCGUGAAGCCGACAAAGAGACACCCUUGCAAAACAGCCAACACCAACGCCCUGUGGAACGGUUCACUCUCCGUGUCAAUAGAGGAGUAUUGUCUGAUAUCAGUGUUCAAUUAGAUCCUGAGUAUGUUGAUGAAGAUACUGAUAAACUGGCUGUUGAUUUACCAGAAGACAUCGUUAAUCAACUGGACAAACAUCAAAAAGAACGUAUUUUGAAGCAAAUUCAACAACUGCAAAAUACUUUAAGUGCAUUUACAGAAACGCUGGGUUGA